AUGUCAAUUCGACUUACGAGCUAUCUUUUGCUAGCUCUUGGUCAUCACGCCUCGAGUCGAGCCGCGCCUCAACACCCCUGGCUAAAAAGAGCCUCCACGGAUCAGCACCUAUUCCAUGAGUUCGACUCAAAUGGCGCCUGGUUUGAUCAAGUCGCAGCUCUCGAUGGAAUCUCCACAUCAUCCAAGAAUACUAAUGCCUCCAUUGCCAUCGUUGGAGCCGGUAUCUCUGGUCUCGCUACAGGCCUAAUGCUGGACAGUGUCGGCGUUCACAACUGGGAACUCAUCGAGGCUAGCGACCGCGUAGGAGGAAGGUUCCGAACAAUAUUCGUUGGCGGUACGGAGGAGUUCGCAGAGAUGGGCCCAAUGAGGCUGCCAUACAAGGUUACGUACAAGAGCGAUAACUCAACACACGAGUAUACGGAUCACCAAAUGACAUUCCAAUUGGCCGCGCUCCUCAACGAAAUGAACAAUCACAACCCUGAUCUGAUGAUCAACUUCAUACCUUGGAUUCAGCAUCAUCCUAAUGAGCUCAUAGCUCUGGGCACUGGAAGACACCCAGAUGGCAGGGUCCCAACCCGCGCGGAAAUUGCAGCAAACUCCAGCCUUGCCGCGCCCCCGAUUAUGACUUCGGCCGAGUACAACAACACCAAAAAAGAGUUGAACAAAAUCCUCAAGAAUGAGACUCUUUUGAGAGAGAUUCAAGCAGAUGUUUGGAACGUGCACAGGCGAGUUAUGGACGAGGGUUACGACGACUGGAGCGAGCAGUCCUUGAUGCGCAACCGCCUGCAAGCCGACGAGAAUGUCACCGAUGCCAUCUGGACUGCGACUGACUAUGAUGUGUUUUGGGAUGAAAUGGUUCACAACUCCAACCUUGGUCUCGAUGGAUCGCUAGACUCUCUUGGAGAGACCGAGUGGAAGUGCGUUGACAAAGGUUUCAACCGUAUCUCGGACGCCUUCAUUCCACAUGUUUCCAGCCGCCUCACUCUCAACAGAAAGAUCCGCAAGCUGGAGUCAAUUGAGGGACUCGAUGGUCGCACACGAACUCGUCUGUCUUGGUAUCCCAGCUCGAAGAAUAGGACAUUUGUAUCCAAGGAGUACGACUAUACCAUCAUGGCCGUCCCCUUCACUAUGACUCGAUUCAUGGACCUACCCAAAUUCUCUUCUGUUCUUGGUCGGGCUAUCAGUGAGGCCGGUCUACGAUUCAAGUCAGCUUGCAAGGUCUCGCUCCUAUUCUCUGAGCGGUUCUGGGAGAAGGGUGAGCGGCCAAUCUUUGGCGGCUAUUCCAGGCCUGAAGACAAGGCUGUAGGGGCCUUGUACUACCCCGUUUAUGGACUGAAUGAGUCUCGACCAGGUCUCAUCACUCAUUACCGAGGAGGAGACUGGAGCGACAGAUUUGUCAGUUUUAGCGAGGAAGAGCAUGUGGGCUUGAUGUUGGAUUCGAUUGCCAGUCUCCAUGGUGAAGAGGUUCGUGAUCUCUACACUGGGGAUUAUGCACGCCUCUGCUGGCUCGAGGAUGAGCACUCAGCUACUUCCUGGUGCCGUCCAGAUAUCCAGCAGCAUAAGCUAUAUAUACCAUCAUACCACACAACGGAACACAACACUAUCUUUAUUGGCGAGCAUACAGCUCCGACUCAUGCUUGGAUCAGCUCGUCUCUGCACUCCUCUGUGAGAGGUUCGGUACAGCUACUAUUGGAGUUGGGAUUGGUCAAUGAAGCAAAAGAACUCAAUGCAAAGUGGAUGGGUAGAUGGAUCGAAGGAGGCAAAUGA